GAUCACUUGUGAGGGCGCAUGUCCUUUCUGGCGUAUAAAGCUUGAUCACCGCAGAGGGUCCCAGUUGCACCAGUGAGGAAAGCCUAACACCCUGGCUGGCGGCUUCCCACGUCCGGGCGGCUAGCAGCCCCCUGCUUCCCUACUACCAGCUGGGUACUUCUGUCCCCUGAGGAAGACUUACGAGCAUGAUUUUUCUCAUACUGGCCUUCGCUAUAUUCGUUUUUCUGUUUCUCGUCUGGAAGAAACGGUUUAAAGGAAAGAAAAACACUGGUAAAAGGUCAAAAAAGUCAGCUUCUCUUGCACUAAUAAGAACUGCUACUGGGUCAACUAAACACAAUAUCAAUAAGCAUCUUUCCGUCAACAAGCUCUCUCAGGAAAUCUUAAACAACUUCCCUCACUCGAUAGCCAUGCAGAAGCAAAUCCUGGUAAACCUCAGGAUUGUGGAAUACAAGCUGGCUGAAUUGGAACAUUUCCUACAUACUAGGGGUAUUAACGGUGCUUUAGCUAACCAAAAAUCCCCUAAAAAGCUUACCAGAUGGAGUGACAGUGGAGGCAGUCAAUAAAGACACUUUGAGUGACUUCA